AUGUCCUGAUGGUGCUUUGUGACGUAUAAGGCCUGCCUUCCCACCCAGGGCUACCAUUGGCUGGGUAGUGGAGUGUUGACCAAUCACAGGUCAGGGGCGUGAUUGUCUCGUCCUGGGAUCGCGAGAGGGGUAUACACAGGGAGGCCAGACAGCCUGGAGUUAGUCGACCGUUGCGAGACGUUGAGCUGCGGAAGAUGAGUCCAAAGCCGAGAGCCUCGGGACCUCCGGCCAAGGCCGAGGAGGCAGCAAAGAGGAAGGCCUCCUCUCAGCUGAGCCCCAGUGGCCCGAAGAAGAAGACUGCCAAGGUGGCCAAGAAGGGAAAAGCGGUUCGUAGAGGGAGACGCGGGAAGAAAGGGGCUGCGACAAAGAUGGCGGCCGUGACGGCACCUGAGGCGGAGAGCGGGCCAGCGGCACCCGGCCCCAGCGACCAGCCCAGCCAGGAGCUCCCUCAGCACGAGCUGCCGCCGGAGGAGCCAGUGAGCGAGGGGAGCCAGCACGACCCCCUGAGUCAGGAGAGCGAGGUGGGGGAACCACUGAGUCAGGAGACCGAGGUGGGGGAACCACUGAGUCAGGAGAGCGAGGUGGAAGAACCACUGAGUCAGGAGACCGAGAUGGAAGAACCACUGAGUCAGGAGAGCGAGGUGGAAGAACUACCGAGUGUGUAGACGGCCAGCUACUCCCCUAUCUCCGAGAGCAGCGACUAAGUUCAGGCCCAGCCGCCAGACCUCAGAGAUCUCACCAGCGGGGUGCUUGCCAUACUGUUGAUAAUAAAAUGAAUGUGUUGCAAAUUGA